GGCGGAGCCUCGCGGAGAUCCUCCGACAGAGGGCGCUGGAGGGAAGCCGAAGGCAGGGAGCCCGGGCGUCAGGUGACUGGCCUGUCACGUGCCUCCGCCCUCAGCUGCUUCCCGGAGACGCCGCCGCCGCCGCCGCCGCUUCGUUCUCUUCCCGUUCUUGGCUGCUCUCCCUCUCCUUCUUUCCGCGCCAUGCUGCUCUCGUGCAUGCCGGAGCUGUACUUCAACGUGGAUGGCGGGUACCUGGAGGGCCUGGUGCGGGGCUUCAAGGCCGGCGUCCUCUCACAGGCAGACUACCUCAACCUGGUCCAGUGCGAGAGCCUCGAAGACCUGAAGCUCCAUCUCCAGAGCACUGACUAUGGGAACUUCUUGGCCAACGAGGCUUCGCCGCUCACUGUCUCUGUCAUUGACGACAAGCUGAAGGAGAAGAUGGUGGUGGAGUUCCGCCACAUGAGGAACCACGCUUACGAGCCCCUGGCCAGCUUCCUGGACUUCAUCACGUACAGCUACAUGAUUGACAAUGUCAUCCUCCUGAUCACGGGGACCCUCCACCAGCGCUCCAUCGCAGAGCUGGUGCCCAAGUGCCACCCAUUGGGCAGCUUUGAGCAAAUGGAGGCCGUCAACAUUGCCCAGACGCCGGCCGAGCUCUACAACGCCAUCCUGGUUGACACCCCUCUCGCCGCCUUCUUCCAAGACUGCAUCUCUGAGCAAGACCUGGACGAGAUGAACAUCGAGAUCAUCCGGAACACACUGUAUAAGGCUUACCUGGAGUCCUUCUACAAGUUCUGCAAAGCCCUGGGUGGCACCACAGCGGAUGCCAUGUGCCCAAUCCUGGAGUUUGAGGCAGACCGGAGGGCCUUCAUCAUCACCAUCAACUCCUUUGGGACGGAGCUGUCCAAGGAGGACCGGGCCAAGCUCUUCCCUCACUGCGGGAAGCUCUACCCGGAGGGCCUGGCCCAGUUGGCCCGGGCAGACGACUACGAGCAGGUCAAGGCCGUGGCCGACUAUUACCCGGAAUACAAGCUGCUCUUUGAAGGAGCCGGGAGCAACCCUGGAGACAAGACCCUGGAGGACCGCUUCUUUGAGCACGAGGUGAAGCUGAACAAGCUGGCCUUCCUGAACCAGUUCCACUUCGGCGUCUUCUACGCCUUCGUGAAGCUGAAGGAGCAGGAGUGCCGCAACAUUGUCUGGAUCGCCGAGUGCAUCGCCCAGCGCCACCGGGCCAAGAUCGACAACUACAUCCCCAUCUUCUGAGCCUCAGUUCUCCAUGCCUCCCCCUCCCUCCCACCCACUGUUGCUCCCUUCAGACUCGUAACGUGUUCACUGUGCGUGUGCUCCAUGUAGGUCGGACUGAGUUGUUCAGUAUUCCUAAGUUAAGGCGAUUGACGACAGAGGCCCUAUAGUGUGGUGGAUGGCAAGGGUCCCAAUGAGGCCCAGCCGCCACCCUUGGAAUAAUGCUGCUUGAGGACUUGUGGGGAGGUGGCAUUGUCUUGUGGCAUGCAGUUAUCCUCCUGCAGACAGGACCAAGCUUAAACCGGUUUGACACUGGUUUGCCUCUUUUUUGAAUCCUGGCUCUGCAUUGGCAAUUGGGGAGGAGCUGCAUUGGAAGCUCCUUCUGUGCUGCAGAGCCGGGUUAGCAACAACAACAACAAUAAAGUUUUGUUGUUUGUUGUUGUCAGCCACCCUGGGAGUCCCGUCCUCCCUUCAUUCUCCAUCCUUGCUUCUUAUGGCCUCCCUCCCAGUGCUCGUGCAGAAGAGAGGCCUUCUUUCCGUGGCCCUCAAGCACCAUAGCUGCCCUCAAUGGGGUCCAAUGGGAAUGUGGGGCAGGAGGGAUGAAGGGGGUUUGUGGUAUGGAUUCUGCCUCUAUCUGGGGAGACAUUUCCAGCCCUCCCUCAAGUGUUUCCUUUGCUGUUCAUCUUCCUCUUGAGCCGUGAUAAUAAACAAUCCAAUCGACUAAGA